GUUGAACUAAGUCACGGCCGCCAUGUUCUAGAGGGCAGUUGGAAAAACUAGGGGCCGCUAGCGGCUGCAUACAAAGUUUGUUUCGGAUCUUUCCUCGGCAGCGAACGUAUAUGAAGAAGAAGAGCACAGCUGAUACGAUGCGUUGCCGCCUUUCGUCUUCUCCAAAUAUGUGAGACGGUUGCUAGGCGUACCUGUGCACCUAAUUUGCGGCAUCAAAUUCGGCACCUCGCAGCAAGGUAACCAUGCCCGUACUGGGAGAGUCGUCGCUCGAGUCGCUACCGAACGAAAUUCUCUUCAAGAUAUUUUCCCUGCUGGACGCCCAGUUCGUGACCGAUGUGAUCGGGAAGCUCUGCACUCGCUUCGCACUGAUCCUUAGCGAUCCCAGCUUCUGGAAGGCAAAGUUGACCGCCAGGUGGCCCAAACCGUACCCUGUGCAAGCGGAUGAAAGCUUUGACUGGAAAGAAGCAUGUGUCCAAAGAGAACGACAUUUCGAACAGUGGAACAACUGGGAAGAAGAGAUGAAAUUCAUUCGCAUUACAGAUGCGCACAUUGGGUUGAUACACUCAGUCCUGUUGAUAGAUAAUGGAUCUGCAUGCGUCACGGGAUCUCGCGACCGAGAUCUGAAAGUUUGGAAUAUUCGGGACCAGGACACUGUUGCUGAAGGGCAUGACCUUCUCCUGCAUUCGAGGCCCGAUGCACAUGAUGGCUGGAUUUGGGCCCUGCACUACUUGGGUCCCACGCUGUUCACCAGCUCCUUUGACAGCACAAUGAGGCUGUGGGACGUCCAGUGUGGACUUCGUGCGAUCGGCUCCUUCAUUGUCCGAGCACCAGUGACGACAAUCUGCCGCUCUGACGGGGAACUGGUGCUCGGUAGCUGUGACGGGACCAUAUACCGGUACGAUCCCCGAGAACCUACUGAACCAACGCCAUGCUACGGCCCCAUUAGGGGUGUCAUCACUUGCAUGGCGGCGGACGAUAGAACAAUCCUCGCCGGCACUGUUACGGCACGGCUCUGCGCCUUCGAUCGACGCACAAGGCAGCUCAGGCCCGACAUGGGAUUACGUUUCAAGCAGAACAACCCAACCGCCUUGUCCUUCGACUCGAAUCAACUCUGGGUCGGGAUGCGGAGCGGAACCAUUCAUACAGUCGACAUGAAAUCAAAUCCAUCCAAGAUCGUCCAGACAAUGGACGUGCCUCCGUCGAAACCUCGCGGCAUGGUGUCCAGCAUCCAGCACACCUUGGGUAGCGUUCUCGUGUCGUUUGUCGGAGUGCCCAUGGUUGCCCUGGAGCCAACGCUUGACCCCGCCGUCAUUGCCUGGGGUCCCGAGUGGCAGCAAGUGACUCGGUUCCACUUCGAUGGCCGAACGCUGGCUACGGUGGGUUCGGAACGUCUUGAGGUCUGGCACCCAAAAUGCAACACAGGAAUCCUAUGAUGAACGCUGUUACGGGCCCCGUGAUAGAUGUACCGAGCUUACAUUGCAGCGCAUCGACAGUACUGCCCAGCGUGAACUUAAAACAAAAAAUUCGGUGUUUAAAUAGUCCUAAUACCACAAGUAAACGAUCAUGUACUCGCUUUGUGCUUGCAGCUAGACUUCAGAUGACGCUAUUUAUCUUGUAUUUCCCUAUUUAUCAUAAUAUUUGCUCGUCUUGAAAGCUUAGCCAAUGCUCUUACGUAAAGACUACCUGACUAAUGAUAGCUUGUGGUUAUGCCAGCCCAGGCUUUAUUGAGUUGAUAGGAAAGCAUUAGCGAUACUGCAGGUGGCUUGCUUCAUGAUGAUAGACGAGGACCAAAAUGUUGCUGUGGUUGUCAUAACACGCCUUCUAUAGCCAUAAUGUUUCUGUUCAGAUAUGCAAAGUUCAUUAUGCCUUUUGCAAAGGCAUUGUCGCUUAUGCUGUACUAUAUGUUAUUUAAUAUCGUUCAUGGGAUUUGUCUGCGUGACUUUUAAAUCGGUGUGAAUGCUCCGUUACUAUUGUCACGAGCAUCCAGCCUGUUACUCACGACAAGCGUGCGAUUUAAUUUCGAUACAUACAUGUCUGUUAGGCAAUCUUUUUUUUUUUUUUUGAGGGAACGAGGCUCCCAUCGUGAUGUUCGUAUGUUUAUAAUUAAAAAGUUUUAAAAAUCUUAUCAAUGGUCUAUUUAUGUCUAGUGAGUCUGUCUCAUAAUAGGGAUUAGUAGAAAGAUGUCCCCUUGACGAAGUGCACAAUUUCGAACGGUGAACGGUUCACACCGUACAAAUUGUUAAAGAAGUGUGACUGAAAUGUUUGUCCGACAGCUUUAUUAUUUUUUUGUGUGUAAUAGAUGCUGCAGGAAAAUAUGUAGUAAAGCACUGUUCACGAAUUAUACUUCAAUAAUAGUGAGAAAGAACAAGUAGUAAAAAAAAAAAAA